UUUUUUAUAAAUAGAUUGAAUACCUUUCAAUUUAUAUUUGUGUAAUCUAUUUUAUUCCUCUCUCCCUUAAAAAAAAAGAUUCUUGUUUCUUUUUCUUCUUUUCUCUUUUUAUUUCCCCAAUACAUAUUUUAAAAGAUGAAGUUGUCUCUCCUUUUGGCUUGUCUUUUUGCAAUCGUUGCAGUCACUUUUGUUGAAGCCAGUCUUCAAGAUGAAAUCGAUGCUGCCUUAAAGAAAUUCUGUGGCGGUAUUGCCCUCACUGGACCUACCAAGGGUCAAACAUUUACCAACCCUAAAAAGAUCAAGGUUACUGUCACAAGAAAGAAGAAUGCUCAAGCCAAGGUCAUCAAUGGUGUCGAUGCUUAUUCUAUUGAUAGCAAGGGUAAGGCCAAAUAUCUUACCACUGUCUGGAAGGGUAACUACAACUUGAACACCAAGGCUACUUUAACUGUUGAUAUUUCCAAGGUAAAGGGACUCAAGUUCCCUGGACAAUUUGAAUUCCGUGUUUGGGUCCACAACAAGGCCGGUCCCGAUUGUACUUUAAUGUCCAAGGUUUUCAAGGUUAAAUCCUCUUCUCACUCUAAUGCCGUCGAAGAUUCUGAAUACAAGGCUUUAAGUCAAGAUAUCGACCGUGGUUGUUUCGGUGUUGAGCUUACCGCUCCUGUCCUCGGUGCUGAAGUCAAUGCCGACGAAGCUUUCACUGUUGAAAUUAAACGUGAUACUGCCGCUCAUACCGAGGCUUUAACCAACUUGGAACUUUACUCUGUCAACUUGGAUUCUCGUGAAUCUACCAAGGUUCAAGAUAGCUGGACUGGUAGUGAAUCUAUCAGCAACAUGAUGAACUUCAAGGAUACCGUCCCUGCUUCUGCAAAGGCUGACAACGUUGCCUUCUACUACAAGUUGACUGCCAACACUCAACAUGAGGAGACUUGUGAAUUCUUUUCUCAUCCCUUCUAUGUUAACUUUUAAAUAACUUCAAUAUAUAUCAUCCAUCUUUUGUAAUAAACCCACAGUUGCAAAAGCAGUAGACAAAAAAAAAAUAAAGUCAUUAUUGUAUAUU